GCAAUGGUGACCUCCAGCAUUAUUUAUACAACUUUCUCCAUAUAUUUUCUAUUCUCUCAAUUUGUAAUGAUUUCACAUUGUGCUCCUUCACCUGUAGUUGCAUAUUCUCCUCCUUCACCUCCUCAUAAUAUCAACACAGUUAUUUCAACACAAAAACUACAAAAAUGUCCUCCUUGUCCGAAGGAUAGUUCCUUAAGUGACACAAAUAAGGCCCUCGUAUCAAAAUUGCGCUACCCUCCACAAAUUGGAAAUUGUACAGCCAAUAACGCUAUCGCAAAGCCAACAACGGCAGCUUUGAAAGGAAGAGGCGAACGUUGUUGUUGCUGUGAUUGUUGUUGCUGCAGGCCGUGUUGUUGCUGUUGUUGUAAACCAUGCUGCUGUUGCUGUUGCAAACCUUGCUGUUGUUGUUGCUGCAGGCCUUGCUGCUGUUGCUGCAGACCAUGUUGCUGCUGCUGUUGUAGGCCUUGUUGUUGCUGCAACUGUUGCGGCUGUAAACGUCAUCGACGCAAUGGUUGCAAUGCUACAACAAUAAAGAUGGUAGAUGUUCUUCCAACACCUCCAAUUUUAAUGAAGAUGAAAGGACAAUGAAAUAUUUUUCAAAGAAUUAAAUAAGAUAUUUUUAUAUAUUUUAAAUUAUUAAAUAAAUUAUAAAAUACAAUUUAAAUAUUCCUAUUGUGAUAAAAUUUUAAUUAAAAUUUUUAUAAUUCGAUUGAAAAUCCCUGUAUUGAAACUUUCUGUUAAGUGAUCUAAAGCAACUCGCCCAAACGUUUUUUAUGCAUUUUCUAAUCUUCCGAAUGUCAUCUAGUAACCUUGAUUGCCAAAAGACUUGACUGGCACCUUGAGUGUGCUCACUGAACA